AUGGAUCUCUCUGCUUUGCCAAAUAACAACCAUCCUGACAAAUUCCUGCAGCUUGACGUGAAGUAUUUAAUGAGGAACUCGGCCCUUCUUCAGGCCAGCCUGGUGAGGUUCCCAGGGGGCAGUUAUCCUGCUGCACAACACUGGCAAAACCUCGUCUACUCACAGAACCCAGGAGCAUUGCAUACCAAACCUGUGAGCUGGAGCAAAAGGCCAAGGAGAGAUAAGAAGAAUAUAACUGCUCGACGAAUGAGGGGGUCCACUGUGGAGGGUGCUGUCGCUGUAGAUAUACCCCCACCAUCCCUGUCAUCAGUUCUGAAGAAUAACCCACUAUAUGGUGACAUAAGUUUGGAGGAAGCUAUGGAAGAAAGAAAAAAGAAUCCUUCAUGGACCAUCGAGGAAUAUGACAAGCGCUCCCUGCACACAAACCUUUCUGGGCAUCUGAAGGAAAAUCCUAAUGACCUACGGUUUUGGUUGGGAGACAUGUACACGCCUGGUUUUGAUACCUUAUUGAAAAAGGAAGAGGAACAAGAAAAGCAUUCAAAAUACUGCCGUAUAGGUCUGAUUUUGCUCCUCGUGGCCUGCAUCUUGGUUUCCAUAGUGACUGUUAGCACUUUUUUCACCUAA